AUGGACAGCGCUGGCAAUGCCACCGCGCCCGGCGGCUUUCUUCUUCAGGGCUUCUCCGAGUUCCCACGCCUGAGGCCUGUGCUCUUCCUGGUGCUGCUGGCGGUGCACCUGGCCACGCUGAGCGGAAAUCUGCUCAUCCUGGUGGCCGUGGCCUCGGUCCCCAGCCGGCCGCCCAUGCUGCUCUUCCUGUGCCAGCUAUCAGCCAUCGAGCUGUGCUACACGCUGGUGGUGGUGCCCCGCUCUCUGGCCGACCUGACUGUGCCAGGUCAUGCCCACGGCAGCCCCAUUUCCUUCCUGGGCUGUGCUCUUCAGAUGCAGAUGUUCGUGGCACUGGGUGGGGCCGAGUGCUUCCUACUGGCAGCCAUGGCCUAUGACCGCUAUGUGGCCAUCUGCUACCCGCUGCGCUAUGCAGCCAUAGUGACCCCUGGGCUGUGCGCGCGACUGGCCCUGUCUUGCUGCCUCGGGGGACUGGCGGUGUCCGUGGGGCUGACAGUGGCGGUCUUCCACCUGCCUUUCUGCGGUUCCCGCCUGCUGGUUCAUUUCUUCUGCGACAUCACCGCCCUGCUGCACCUGGCCUGCACACGGAGCUACACAGACGAGCUGCCCCUGCUGGGCGCCUGCCUGGUGCUGCUGCUGUUGCCCUCUGUGCUCAUCCUGGCCUCCUACAGCGCCAUCGCUGCCACCCUCCGCCGCCUGCGCUCCCCCGGGGGCCGGCGCAAGGCCGCCUCUACCUGCGCCUCGCACCUGGCAGUCACCUUCCUGCACUAUGGCUGUGCCACCUUCAUGUACGUGCGACCCAAGGCCAGCUACUCCCCGCGGCGUGACCGCACGUUGGCGCUGAUCUACACCAACGUGACGCCGCUGCUGUACCCGCUGAUCUACAGCCUACGCAACCGCGAGAUCAUCGCCGCCAUCCGUGGGGUGCUGCGGCUACCACCACCAGGCCAACCCCAGGGGCGGGGCCUGUGUGAGUCCUGA